AUUUCCGUCCACCGGUUCCCUUCCACCACCACCACCAGGCAAGAAAUUCACUAUCGGUGUCCCUCUUGUUGAUCGGAGAUGGCAAGUCUUCCUCCUCCCCCUCCCCCACCAGACAAGAAAUUCGCCUGUAUGUUCUUAAUCUGCGAGUAUACUCGUAAGUUGGAGUGGUAUGCUUUCGAAAUCUCCGACGACCCGAAGCACAACCAACCCCUCCCUCCUCAUCUUCCUCCUCCUUACACGAUACUUUCUCGUGACGGUUUCAGCGACCUCCUUCCUUUCCACGACGACGACGACGAGCCUGCACGAGCGACCGCUCUCGAUCCCAUAGCGACCGCCGCACAGCAAGAAGAUGAUGAUGAUAGGGUAACGGGCUACGUGAUUCUUUUCGGAGACCAGCCGAAGGUGGGUCCUUCUCUUUACCAUAUUUGUGCAUCCGUAGAUGGGAUGAAAUUGGGCGAUGAUUCGUCAGUAGAACCUAUUAUUGAACUAAUUGGCGGCAGCGGUGGGGUUCGGGAUUCCGAUGCUUCUAUGGAUUAUUCCGCUGUAGCUGCUGCAAUGCCUAAUCGCGUACCAUCGUCAUCAUGCGCUCGUGCUUGCCUCUUUCUUGGGGACAAACUUUAUUAUUAUGAUUGCCAGAAAGAAGAAAGCAGCGUGGAGGAGGAGGAGGCACAAGCUUCCGGGGCUUUUAUGGCUUACUACCCAAAACUAAAUGCAUGGAAAUCUCUGCCUGACCCUCUGCAUAAGUGGACUUGUUCUUCGGGUAUCUUCUCAGCAGCCACGGAGGAUGCCUCCGACGGGCCAUGUAUUGUGGUGGGUUCUGGUACCAAAGGUCUCCUCCAAAUCUAUUUUGUCGAAAGCAAAAAAUGGAAAGAAAUAGAGUUUUGUGUGGGCGACAUCUUUACCCCAAAUGAGUUAGAAGGAAUAUUUGAAGGACCAGCUGUAGCUGUUGGCAACAAGUUGUAUUGGUAUGUGCUGGCUGAAUUCCACCAGGAAUUCCAGCAGUGCCUGAUUCAAUAUGAUUUUGUGGACAAGACUUGGUUCCGGGGCUCUUUACAGUUGCAUGACCAUGGAAGCUACGUGAAGGAGGACUUCUCCAUUUAUGUGGACUCCCGUCCACAUCACUUCCGUCCACGCUUGGCUCAUCUAGGUGGCGACUUGUUCUGCUUGUUUUGGGUUUCGAUGUUGGGCAAUUCUUCUCGCUUACACUGCAUGAAGUUCCAAGUAAUUACUAGCAACGAUUCUCCGGAUAAAAAGGGGUUUUUUCCCUUGGAGGUCUCCAUCCUGUCGUGCCAAUCUUAUGUAGUUUCUGGGGCAAAGCGUUUCGUUGAUUCUGUGGUGGUGGACGGUCAUCUUGGGUACAAGUCCGGAAUCUCCCAGCAGUUGAUGGUAUGUUAGCAAUUUCUCCUUAUUAUUAUUAGUACUUGUUUCUUAACAGCACCAACCUUUUGUUUUCUUAUCCUCUUCAAAUUAGAAAUUAAGGGUAGGAUUGAUAGUUGUGGAAUGCUUGUUUCUUUGCAGAU